UUUUUAGAUACGCAACUACGAUGGAACUUUAGUGGGUGCUUCCGAGUUCAAAAACGGCGAGAACAGUAGCGAUGAAGAAAGGCGAGUGAAGGAGGCUAAGCUGAAGAAAAAGAGAGCUAUGUUCGCUAACUGCUACAUGUGUCAGAUAGAUCCUUCAAGCCAACAUCUGCACACUCUUGGCAACGAAUCGUCGAAGUACGAUCAGAUUAGAAAAGUGAAGAAAAGGGAAAAGGAUAUAGACGAAUUUCACAAGAUGUACGACCUUCAGAUUAACAUUACGCCCGAAACUAUGCCAGAAUUUCUUGUGCGAGGCGAAAACAUAGCCUUCAUUCGUGCCGGUGGGUCGCUCUACACGAGGAGGUAUAUGGUAUUCUUUCCAUACGAGACAAAUAAUUCGGUUCUUCCAGAUGCCUAA